GAUUUUUUGACAACGUUUUACAACGUAUAGGUUCGCUUAUCUCAUAGCGAUAUUAUAAUUCACAGUCAUUGCGCUGUGAUUUCACUUUAUGGAGGAAGCACAAGAUGCAGACAUAGAUGGUAUUGACAGGGAAAGUUUAGUCAAGGAGAUAGAGUUAAUUCGGCAAACGCUUGGGGGCGCAUCGACUCGAGCAGGCACUAAUAGCGAGUUUGCAAGUUAUGAGGUGCGCGACAGCCAGGGGGAUUCUGACGAAGACGAACUAGAAAUUAUCAAAUCACAGGAAUACAUAGAAACUUCUGAAGAAACAUAUCAAUCACAGCUUUUCCCUGUUGAAGUUAUUUCAUCUGAAAGUGAAGAUGAGACUCUCAAAAGUACAACAAAGAGCUACAAGACUGCAAUCACUAUUUCAGAUGAUUCUGACUUAUCUGCAGAUGAAUACACUUGUUAUGAGGUCUCUACAAUAGUACCACUCAAUGAUUCAGUGGACGAAUCUGAACAUUACCUUAGUUCUGUACCUGAGAACUCACAUUCCAUCUCGGAAAAUGUCCAUGCUAGCAGAGCUCAUAAUAUUCCAAGCAUACAAAUAUCGCCAAAUCCUGAACAAUCUAAUCCGUUUCUUGAGGAACAAAAUAGUGGUGACUAUCAUUUGACUGAACUUCAGCCGGCUAAGGAUGGCUGUCAAUCUUCAGGGAUUUUUCAGAGCCGUUUGGCAUCUCUUCAUCAUGAUUAUGGAAAUAGUCAGUCUUCUUUAGUCAGUUCAAAAGAAGCAGAAAAUCUUGAUAAUGUUGGUGAUGGUGCAAAAGAAAUACAUGUUUUAAGUGAUGAGGAAGACUGUGAAGUGUUAAAUGAACAACAACGAUGUUUGAAACUGAAUAGAAAGUAUCAGACAAUUAUUGAAGCACAACUCAGGAAAAUUGAGAAAUUACUUGCAGAAAACAGAGAGAAACAAGUUGGAUUGGAUCGGAUGUCUUCUUCCUCAUCAGCAAAAGCAGAAGAAACCGAACAUAGCCAUAGGAGUCUUUCCUCAUAUGCAAAGCCAUAUUUUAGAACACGCAAAGAGUGUCCUGAGGACAAUAAAUACCAAACUUCGAAAGAGUGUUGGUCACAGGAGGAUAAAAUUUUGCUGUCGGAUGCUACAUCUGAUGUUUUAAAUAGGCUUGAAGUCAUCACUCCGAAAUUAUUAAAAACGAAAGAAGAUCAAAAAGAGAUUGAAGAUCUGAGAAAUGAAAUAGAGCGCCUAAAAGCUCUUUCUAUUGUUGACUUGGUACAAGAUUUCACUGACACUAUUGACUUCUGCGAUAUCUCAAAUAAAGUGCUGCCUUUCCGAACACCACAUCAAUGCCAAGUGUUUUGGUAUAACGAGCUUCACCCUCUCUUAAACAAAGGCAAGUGGGAGAAAGAAGAGGAUAAGUUGUUAUUGCGAUUAGCUGAGGAAAACAGCUGCGGUGGGAACUGGCACAAAAUCGCUACUGAACUUAAGAGUAACAGAUCUGCAGCACAAUGCCUGCAUAGAUAUCAAAGAAGCUUGAAUAAGAACUUCUUAAAAAGCAAGUGGGAGCCAGAAGACGAUAAGAAAUUGGUCGAAGCUGUUAACGCGUGUGGAGUUGGUCCUUGGGAAAAAGUGUCCAGUUUUCUUGAUGGUCGUACUGGUCCUCAAUGCAUGCAUCGCUAUAUUAAAUCUCUUGAUCCUGAGAUCAAGAAGGGAAAGUGGGAAAAAGAGGAGGAUGACUUGCUACGUAAGGGAGUGGAGCUAUAUGGUUUUAACUGGUUCAAGUUUAAAAGUUUGCUACCAAGAAGGACAGAUUCUCAAGUCCGGGAAAGAUGGCAGGAUGUUCUUGAUCCCAAUCUCCGUAAAGGCGCGUUCAGUAAAGAAGAAGACGAGAGAUUAAUUAAAGUUGUUGGAGAACAGAGCGUCGGACUUCGGAAUUGGUCAACAAUUGCAAAACAUAUGCCAGGAAGGACUGACAAUAAAUGUCGAAGGCGGUGGUUUUCUCUGAUGAAAGAAGACCCGAAGACAAAAGAGCACUUCAUUAAACAGAAAAUCAUACGAGCUAAACUUGUAAAUAAUUUCUCUCGACGUCGUUCUGAUAAACCGGAAAUUGGACCAGAAGAUUUUGAUAUGUUUGACUUGUCCGAAACCGAGGAAAUCGAAUCUCUUUCUCAACUUCCGACCAAAGCAGAGGAUGUAACUACUGAUGAAGCGAACACAGAUGCGGCAUUUGAUGAUGUAACUAAUCUUGAUGCAACAUCUGACCACUGCGCUAGCAUUGCUUCUCAAGACGACACCACAAAAAUAAAAAGAAAGGAGAAAGAAGCAAAAGAGAACUCCACUCCUACGUCGCCAAUGAAGAAUAGGGGAAAGAAACGCAAGAAAAUAUCUGGUGGUGCCUAUACAAAUAUUCAGGCAAAAAGUGCAGGUACUUCCAAAACCCCCGAUGUUAUAAGUUCAGAUGAACCAGAAAGCAAGGAACCUGGCAGAACGACCAGAAAGAGACCUCCUACUACGUCUAUGUCUUUAAAAUCAAGGGCAGGGAAAGAAUUUUCACAAUCUCCUAGUAAACCCCGGACAGAACCUCCCAGCAAGAUGACAAACAAAUGUAAACUAACUGCCCCAAAUCCAUCAGUCGUAUUACAGGCGUCGUCCUUGCCAAAUGCAAUACCAAUAUCACAUUUGACACAAUUUUCAGUACUCCUACAGGCAUUUAGUGUUGAUGUAUCUGGAGCGCUCAAGAAUGUUAACGCAAACAAAGGAGAAAAAUCCUCUCAAACGAACUCGGAGUCUCCUAGUGUGACAUCUCUUGGCCAACCUAUUCCAACAACAACAACGAUAACUGAUAACGACAAUGCCGAUAAACAAAUGCUCAACACUAAUACUGAAGUAGAAACAAACAACAACACAGUUACUCUUAGAACAGUUACGCCCAGUCCUGUUGUCAGCGCAACGACACCUUCGUCAACAGCGCAACGUGCUACCUCUAUAACAAAACAAGGUCAAGGAAACGCGAACGGUAGAAAUAAACAAGAAGCAGUUCGUAGUGAUGAGGAAAACAAUGAUGGGGCAAAUACUUCAGGCAGUUCAAAGUCAUCUGCAGCAAACACUCCUUCUUGUAAAGGUACUAAAAAGGGCAAUGAUUCUUUUGACGAAAAUGCCUCUAGGAGAAGACGUAAAAGAACACGAGAUAAUCCUUCCGAUGCAGAAAAACAGAAAAGGUUAAAUUUUGAAUUAGCUGAACAAGUAGAUGGUUUGUCGGGGGUUAGUGACGUUCUCUCUGAUUCACAGCAUGGAUUGAUUUCUACAAGACCUAGAAGAGCAUGCAAGAGAGAGUAUUCGGAGUCCCCUGGUCAAUCGCGAAAGAACAAAAAUACAUCGAAUGAAAGGAGUAGUGGGAGGACGCCUGAAUCUACAGUUGAAAAGAACGAACAAGGACGCCCAGAGGACGUUGAUGGUGAAACUUCACCAAGACAAUCUAAACGGAGCCAGCGAAAAAUGGAUUCCAGUUCAACGCCGGAUGUUACAACCGAAAAUCGUGCAGAACCCAUUCCUAAUGUCGCCAAAACUACUUCAGCUACUGCAAAACCUAUUUCUGCUAUUGUAGAAACUACUCCUGCUGCUAGAGAACCUACUUCUGCCAUCAAACAAACUACGUCCGCUACUUCAGAAUCUACUUCAUCUUUAAACACAAUUACUAAAAAUGUGGUCGUAAGUCCAAGUAGUGUUUCUAGCGUGGGUAUGAAUAGCCCAUAUCUUCAGGUUAGAAGAAUUAUCAUGGAUACUGAUACACAAUCACCUCGAGUACCGGCCAUUCCACCUCUACCCCCUACUGCUGCCACUUUAAAUGCUUUUAAGACACUACUGACAUUGAGAAAAGAUCUGCAAUCGCAGACUAAUCGUCUAGAAGUCACUCAACAUGAUCAAAACCAGCAGACAUCGGAUCAAAAUGCAUCGGCAUCGUCGGACAAAAAUCAUUUAUCGGACCAUUUGUUGCUCGUGUCAGACACGAAACAAACACCGCACGUGCAAGUUCGUAAUUCAGUGCCAUAUCAAAUACUUUUAAAUAGAUUUAAAGGACUUUUUAUGUGGCCUGGAUUUUUGUCGAUCGUCAACCCAACAUUUGUGAAGCCGAGUCAAAGUCAAACACUAAGUGGAACUAAUGCUAGUAAAAGUAAAAGAAGGAAAACAUGGAGCAGACGUCAGACUCGGUAGUUAUAUUUUUGUACAACUUAUUAGUAUAAGUUACAAAACACAGUGUAUGUACAUUGUACAUUCAGUGCUCUGCUAUGCAGUUUCCAAUUUUUUUCUCAUUCUCAGUUAAAACCUAUAUCGUUGCGUGAAUGCGCGUUUCGAUCUUGUGAAGUAAUACUUUCGUUGAUUCAGCUAUAAUGAGUUAUUAAUUAACUUCAUAAAUAUGUUGGAAAGUUUUGGAUUAACCAAAGUUUAUGACUAUCAUUCGA